CCCCGCCGCCGCCGUUAGGAGAACCCUGCGUUGCCAGCUUGCCCCUAAGCAAGAUGGCUGCCAGUCUCCAGCCUCUCUUGCCGACGUGAAGCUACCCACUCCCCGCUUAAUGCCGCUGCCAGGCUGCCCUCACCUAGUAUGGCUCCUCCGCUCAUGCCUCGUUAUGGUCUCGAAGCCGACACUAACCGGCCAGGUUCCGGGAGGCGCUGUGCAGGAUGCAGCCACCCCCGCCCGGCCCUCCCCUCCCCCACGCCCGCGGCGGCGGCGGCGGCGGAGGCGGCGGCGGCUGGAGCCCGGAUGCGGCUCCGUGAGGCGCAGGCCCCGGAGAGCGGCGCGGAUGGAUCCAACAUGGCGGCGCCGAGGCUGAGCCGAGAGAAGAGCCCUGGGAAUUUAAGUUUCUUGCAAAGAUCACUGGAGAUUGCGGCUGCUGAGCAGAGAUUCUGGAAAGCAUUCUAUUUCUGAGCCUCUAGCAUGGCGGGCCUAAAGAGGCGGGCAAGCCAGGUGUGGCCCGAAGAGCGUGGGGAGCAAGAACAUGGGCUCUACAGCCUCCACCGCAUGUUCGACAUCGUGGGCACCCACCUAACACACAGAGAUGUCCGCGUGCUUUCCUUCCUUUUUGUUGAUGUUAUUGAUGACCAUGAACGUGGACUCAUCCGAAAUGGACGUGACUUCUUAUUGGCACUGGAGCGCCAGGGCCGCUGCGACGAGAGUAACUUUCGCCAGGUGCUGCAGCUGCUGCGCAUCAUCACUCGCCAUGACUUGCUGCCCUAUGUUACUCUCAAGAAGAGACGAGCUGUGUGCCCUGAUCUUGUAGACAAGUAUCUGGAGGAAACAUCAAUUCGCUAUGUGACCCCCAGAGCCCUCAGUGACCCAGAACCGAGGCCUCCCCAGCCCUCUAAAACAGUGCCUCCCCACUAUCCUGUGGUGUGCUGCCCCACUUCGGGUUCUCAAAUGUGUAGUAAGCGGCCAGCCCGAGGGAGAACCACACUUGGGAGCCAGCGAAAACGCCGGAAGUCGGUGACACCAGACCCGAAGGAAAAGCAGACAUGUGACAUCAGGCUCCGAGUUCGGGCGGAAUACUGCCAGCACGAGACGGCUCUGCAAGGCAAUGUCUUCUCCAAUAAGCAGGACCCACUUGAGCGCCAGUUUGAGCGCUUUAACCAGGCCAACACUAUCCUCAAGUCCCGGGACCUGGGCUCCAUCAUCUGUGACAUCAAGUUCUCUGAGCUCACCUACCUCGACGCAUUCUGGCGAGACUACAUUAAUGGCUCAUUAUUAGAGGCACUGAAAGGUGUCUUCAUCACAGACUCUCUCAAGCAAGCUGUGGGCCAUGAAGCCAUCAAGCUGCUGGUGAACGUGGAUGAGGAGGACUAUGAGCUGGGCCGACAGAAACUCCUGAGGAACUUGAUGCUGCAGGCAUUACCCUGACCUUUCCCCUUCUCACCUUUCUGGGGACUGUUCGCUCCGUCACCUCUGGAGCUGACAUACUGUUCUGGGGUUUGUUCUCUACCCUUUCCAACCAAUCACACCGCCUUUUUUUUUUUUUAAAGGAAAAGACAAAGGAAGGUGGAAGUGGUGUCCCUGCCCUCCCUGCACCCAUGUGCCUGGGCUUCCCCGUUUCUUGUUGCCACUUACCCUAUUGUGUGUCUACAGCCACCUUACCACUGAGCCGUAAGACAAGUGUAUAGGGACAGGGUCUCUGGAACACAGCCUUUGUAAGGGAUUGAACACUGCUUUCAGGUGCAUUGAGGGGUAAUCAAUACUUAUGGCUUUAUGAGGGCUCUUAAAUUUUGUCUGAAAAACCAAAGGGCUGUGAGUAAAGGAGCUAUGUGGAAGGUGGGACUCUGAAGUGUAUUUUGGAAAUUAAUUACCACCUCCUUCCAAAUUAUAGAAUUUUUUAAAAACAGAGAAGCUGUGGCCCUUUGCAGUCUCUCCUGGCCUUGGUGCUGCUUCUCUCUGCCUUCCCUUCAUUCCACAGCUGGAAACUGCUGUCGUACGGAUCCCUCCUUGUCCCCUGUCAAAUGUUCAGCAAACUUACAGAGGACUGGGCCAGCCUGAUCACCCUCCCAACUGUGAUGUGUGUGAACACCAGUACACGGGACGGGUGGAGUAGAGGCUGCUAGUUGGAACACACUUUCUCUGAAGAGGAGGAGGGGGUGGAGGGUAUGACAUUUUCCUUCCCUUUUCCAGUGAAAAUAACUCUUACCCC